GUUGGGAUACGAAUUAAAUGAUUUUAUUUGGUUUCGACAGUCGGGUUUGCGGAAAUCCACAUGGAUUGAUUAGAAAGUACGGUCUGAUGUGCUGCAGACAGUGCUUCCGCAGCAACUCCAAGGAAAUUGGUUUCAUUAAGUAUCGCUAAGCUGUGGUUGGCAAGGCUAUUACAGCUAUGAAGAGGAUGUUUUUUUUUCUUUUCCCGAUUUUUUCUUAUGUUGGAUUUCUAGAAGAUGAUUGGUGAAUCUAUUUGUAUGAUAGUGAUUAUUCUAGUCAAUGAUUCAACUCUCGUUUGAUUUCUGAACCAACUAGCUUAUAUAUUUGAUUUCUGUUUUUUGCUUGA